UAUGACGGAGUUGAAAAAACUGUCAAAAUAUUGUGAGUUUGGUGCGAAUUUAGAAGAUAACCUCCGUGACCAAUUCGUGUGCGGUUUACGGAGUGACGUUAUUAGGCAGAGACUGUUCGCGGAGGAAAAACUGACCUACACAACGGCUAUCAAAUUGUCAAUCAGCCUGGAGGCGGCGGAACGGGAUGCGGCGGCAGUGGAGCACGUGGAGCAGCGUAGCGACGGCGGCGGCGGCGGCAGGGCGGCGGCGGGGGCGCCCGUGCUGUCCCUAGCCCCCGCGGGGGCGCGCGCCUCACACGGUCGCGGGCGCACCGCGCCGACCUCGGGAUCGGCUACUGGACAACGGCCGGGAACACAGGCGCCAUGCACAGCAUGCGGGGCAAAUACGCACAGCUGGGCUCGCUGCAGAUUCAAGAAUUUUAUCUGCAGCAAAUGUAAACAGCGGGGACAUCUUCGCCGGCAGUGUCCCAACCCAGGGGCAGGCCCGUAUCGCCGCGAUGGCAGGGGCAUCCACCACGUGGACACGCGCCUAGACCAGGCGGCACCGCCGCGGGACGAGGAGUCGGAGGACAGCUUGUCCGAGCUGGAGGAGGACCUUCACCAACUUAGCUUGAACGGCUACAGACCGGUAUAAAGGGCUAUUCAGCGGUGGACUGGGAAGGUACAGCAGGGGUAAGGCGCGGCUCCGUGUCCGCGAGGGCAGCGUGCCCGUGUUCUGCCGCGCGCGCCCUCUGCCGUACGCCCUGCGCGAGCGCGUGGAGGCGGAGCU